AUGUUACUGUUCAUGUCGCUGAUGAUAUUACUGCCAGAUGUGGUAUGCCAUAUUCCUGCUACUGCUAGCUGUCUAGUGGGCAAGACUAAUCUUCUUAAGCAUAAUUAUUAUCAUAGAGGAGAUCUCAUCAUUGCUGGCAUUAUUUCUCAGUUCUACAUGAUUUCUGAUGCAGUGGAUUUUAGAAGGCAUCCAGAUGAAGAACUAGUUGAUGACCUCAUCAAUUUCAUGGCUAAAUGGACCUAUUUUGCUUCACUGGAGCUAUUGUCCACACAGGGCAAAUUCAUCCCUAAUUAUAAAUGUGAUAUGCAGGAGAAGACAAUAUCUGUUAUUGCAGGACCUAAUGCAAACAUCUGUCCAUUUAUGCCAAAUAUUCUGAAUAUCUACAAGAUGCCACAACUCAUCUAUGGAUCCGCUCCAAUGGUAGACAACAGCGAAGACACCGUUUUCUUUCAUCGUUUUUUCCCAAAUGAGGAGCUUCAGACCAAGGGGAUUCUUCAGCUGCUGUUGCAUUUAAAGUGGGUGUGGAUAGGGCUGAUCUCCCAACGUGAUGAGAGUGGGCAGAGGUUCGUACGGAAUGCCCAUAUACUGUUUGCCCAGAAAGGUAUUUGCUUUGACUUCAUGCAAGAGUUGCCCAAAGAAACUUUUUCGAAUGACAUUGACAUGGUAUUUAAAGAUUUUAUUGCCUUGUACAAGAUUGUCAUGAACAGCACGGCCAAUGUUGUCAUCCUCUACUGUGAAAACCAGGUCAUUGCCGUUUUCAGGAUAUUUCCCUAUCUUUCAGAAUAUGAGUAUAUACCGGUAAGGAGAAAAGACAAAGUCUGGAUCAUGCCAGCCCAAAUGGAGUUCACAUCAGUCCCUUUUCAAAAAAUACGGCCUUUGGACUUUAUUCAUGGUGCCAUAUCUUUUGCAGUUUCUUCCAAGGAGGUGACGGAGUUCAAACCAUUCUUGCAGAUGAGAAGUCCUACUUCAGAAGAAGAAGACCAUAUAACAAGAUUGUUCUGGGAACAGGCAUUUGAAUGUUCUUUCUUUAAAGAUAGGUUAGGUGAGGCGGGUGGAGUGCUGUGCACUGGAGAAGAGAAGCUGGAGACUCUUCCUAAUUCGAUAUUUGAGACCACCAUGACUGGGCAGAGUUACAGCAUUUAUAAUGCAAUCUAUGCCAUGGCAUAUGCUUUACAAGCCAUGUUUUCAUCCAAACACAAACACGGAGCAAGGGCGGACCAUGGAAGCCUGAUGAUUCUCAAGGAAGAAACAUGGCUGCUCCAUCCUUACCUGAGAACAGUCUUAUUUAACAACAGUGUUGGGGAAAAAGUUUUCUUUAAUGAAAAGGGGGAAUUAGGAACUGGAUUUGAUAUCAUCAACUGGAUCACAUUCCCAAACCAAACUUUCCUUAAAAUCAAAGUUGGAAAGGUAGACCCAUUGGCUUCUCCAGAAGAGUCUUUCAUAAUUUCUGAAGAAAACAUCAUCUGGCCGACCAUGUUCAACCAGGCGCUACCACUUUCUGUAUGCAAUGAAAAUUGUUAUCCAGGCUACCUCAAGAAAAAAAUAGACGAGAAACCGUUUUGCUGCUAUGAUUGUCUUCCUUGUGCAGAGGGGAAAAUUUCAAACAGAUUAGAUGCAGAUGACUGUUUACAAUGUCCAGAAGGUCAAUACCCAAAUGUAGCUCACAAUCUUUGCAUUGAAAAACGGAUAACAUUCUUGUCUUACGAAGAACCCUUGGGAAUCACUUUGACCACCGUAGCUGUCUUGUUUCUUGCAACUUCGGCUUUGGUGCUGAGGAUCUUCAUUAAACAGUGGGAAACCCCCAUAGUCAAAGCCAACAACAGGAACCUCACCUACAUUCUUCUCAUUGCUCUCCAGCUAUCUUUCCUCUGCACUUUUCUUUUCAUUGGGCAGCCUGAUCCAGUGAAAUGUCUCAUGCGGCAAACUGCUUUUGGCAUCAUCUUCUCUGUAGCCAUAUCUUGCAUUUUGGGUAAAACAACCAUAGUGGUUCUUGCUUUCAUGGCCACCAAGCCAGGAUCCCAAAUAAAAAAAUGGGUGGGGAAAAGGCUAGCCAACUCCAUUGUCCUUUCCUGCUCCCUGAUACAAGUCACAAUUUGUGUUGUGUGGCUGGCAAUUUCUCCCCCAUUUCCAGAUUCUAAUAGUCACUCAAUGGCUGAAGAAAUUAUACUAGAAUGUAAUGAAGGAUCAACCAUCAUGUUUUAUACUGUCCUUGGCUUUAUGGGAUUCUUGACCUUUAUCAGCUUCACUGUGGCCUUCCUAGCUAGGAAGUUACCUGACAGCUUCAAUGAAGCCAAAUUCAUCACCUUUAGUAUGUUGGUCUUUUGCAGUGUCUGGGUAACAUUUGUUCCCACCUAUCUGAGCACCAAGGGGAAGUACAUGGUGGUGGUGGAGAUCUUCUCCAUUUUGGCUUCAGCAAUGGGAUUGCUUGGCUGCAUCUUUUUCCCAAAAUGCUAUAUUAUUCUUCUGAGACCUGAUUUAAAUAGAAAGGACAAACUUAUUAAAAAAAACUGA